GCACGCGUAAAGACAAGAUGGCGGAAGAGGAACUUGUUAUGGUUGUAGCGUUUCCAUUUUCUAGCGGGAUUUUCUAUCUUUUUCUUGAGAAAUGAUGCGCCUUAUUAAUCUGAAACCAUAGAUGCGUUAUCGUGGAAAGUCUACCUAAGAUAUCUUAGAAUGAUGCAGAUUGUAAAGAAAUUUUCUAUUUCAAAAAUUUUUAACAGUGAAAAUUUUCAGGAAUCUCGUUAUGAGUGAGAUUUGUCAGUUCCCCGACGAGCGAGCUUCAGUUGGAGACACAUUUCGCUGUCGUAAAUGUCGUGUUUAUUUGUUUUGUUUUGAUAAUCUGAGUCCUUUUCACAAGAAGACAGAGCCAGUAGAUCAGUGUUCUGCUUGGUACAUUGACAGCGAUGAAAUCGAUGGCAGUGCGGGACGAGAUACAUUAGUGUGGGUCAAGGAGGCUGUCAAUAAAUCUCAGUGGACAGAAGGAAAGCUCUACUGCCCUAAAUGUACCUCACGUAUUGGCUCAUUCAACUUCACCCAAGGAGUUCGAUGCAGUUGUUUUACAUAUAUAAUCCCUGCAAUAUGGUUUCAAAAAUGUAAAGUAGAUCAGAUUAGUGCCUGUGAUUCCAAGCCAAACAUAAGAUUACCUGACAACCCUGAUAAUAACAGCGAUGGAGACAGUCAUACCCAAGAUAGAAGUCCUAUGUAUUAUAUGGAAUCCAGUCAAACUGGUUCUCAGUCUAGUCAAACCUGUUCUGACAGUGGUCAAUCAGAAUUAAAGACAAAUGAAUCUGGUUCACAAACGAAAAUGGACUUAGGAAAAUAUAAAUCAUUGCUUGACAAGGAAGUGAAAUAUUCAUGUAGGUCAUGUUGCUGUGAACAGGAAAUAGGAUUAGAAACAUUGAACUCAGGAUAUCAAAUAGACUCUAGACAAACAGAGCUCACGAAUUGUCCUGAAAGACGUGAACACUCUAAUCGAGAUUCAAAUAAUGGCAUCAAUCUAAAAGUUUCCGAAAAAAGGACAAGAAAUUACUCCUCCAGCGCAAUGCAGGGGAAGGAAAAUCCUUCACAAUUAUCAUGUACUGAAUUGAGUCAUGUCGCUGAAUCGCGUAGAAUCCAUAGAAGGAAGAUUAAUAGACAAAAGAAGUUCAAUGCAGAAGUUUUGCAGUUUCAACAUGGAGAAUUUUCCUCAACGAAUGAACACGUUGAAGAAGUGCCAUCCAGUCAUCUUCAUGGCAGAUGUUUAGAUAGAGAUGAUGGUUCAAGGUUUGAAAUGUUGGAAGAAAUGAAACAGAAUCAUGACUUUGAUGAGAAAACAGCAGACCAUUCUGAUGAGCACAAGCUCCACCACAAGUUGGAAGAGAUACCAGACCAAGUCACAUGUCCUGUGUGCCUGGACCUGCUGUACGACCCCCUCAUGUGUCCCUGUAGUCAUGUGUUCUGUGACUCAUGUCUGCGGAUUUUAAACUCUAAAAGCCGGCACAGUGUACUGAGAUGUCCUCUGUGUAGGAAGGCAGUCUACUAUGUUUAUGCUGCUAUUGAAAUCAGAAAAGAAAUAAAGAAAUGUUAUCCUAAAGCCUACAAGGCACGUCAUAAAGCAGAGCGUCGUGCACCCCAUCGAAGACUGCCCCUUCCUAAUGGACGAAUGAAACCCCGCCAAAAGAGGUCCAGCAGAGUCCAGGAUGUUCCCAUGCCUUACAGUGUUCUUGUAGUAUUGGCGUGUGUAUUGGCGUGCUGUGGGUUGUGUUUGUUGAUAUUAUUUGUUUUCUGUCCUCCGACUCGUAACGGAUGCAUUACAGUAAUAGGAUAUGAAUGGAUGAAUGGUUAUUGAAAAAAAAUAAAAUAAAAUAAAAGAGAUGGUGGGAAAUACUCCAGUUACGAGUUCUCUGCUGCUCAGGGUUGGCCUCCAUUUUGUGUAGAAUAUUCAUGUGUUCCAGUGAAGGUCCGUGGUAUUUCAAAGUGUUUGUAUUGUUGAAGUUAUGCAUUCUUUACUUUACCGUUGGUAUUUUUGAAUAUUUAAACACUGAUUCGAGGCUAACCCUGAGUAAAUGAGUCUUUGCUAAAGAACACAGCGGUAAUUUGGAAUUUGAAUAAUGGUCUAUCAAAUUGUACAAUAAAUAAAUGGGUUAUUUUUUUGAAUCGUGCGUAAAAAUUUAUGCCUAAUAUCCGCUUUGGGUUGUCAAAUAGUGGUAGGCUGCUUCUUAUUUAUUUAAAUAUUGAGCUAUUUUUAAUUUGUUAUUAAAUAAUAAAAUAUUAUU